UUGAAGAAGUCUGUCAGGCUACAAACAUCGAAGGAAAAGGACAGAUGAUGUCUUCCUUUCAGAGGUGUUCUCUGACCCGCUCAGCCUUCCUCCUCCUCUUCCUCUCUUCGUCCUUCAAACCGGCAGAAACUGAAGUGGUGAAGUCCAUUUCAGACUGUGCCGACUUCCUUCUUGACCAAACUCCUCCUCAAAUUCCCAACAUCCUGACGAAUGGGAAGAUCCUGGACCAGAACCGAUACAAGCCCAUCUGCCAGACGUACCAGGACACCAGAACCUUUCUGACGCUUUACGACACCGAAGAAAGGAUCCCGGUGUUCUCUGCUAUCAAGUUUGUUCAAGAGAAAGAACCUGGUGGCAGAUCCAAAAACCAAAAAUGGAUGAUUGAACCUCAG